GUAGAAGCACCGGUUACAUAGCGCUGAGUACGAGGUGUCCUUGGGCUGAGUUUUCCGAGCUGUGCCAGGAGCCGAGUGACGAGAGCGCGGGGCAGCGGCUGCUUGCACUGACAAUGGGCGACGCUGAGAAGGGCAAGAAGAUCUUUGUUCAGAAGUGUGCGCAGUGCCACACAGUUGAAAAGGGAGGCAAACACAAGACUGGCCCAAACCUGAAUGGUCUGUUUGGCCGGAAGACUGGUCAAGCUGAUGGUUUCUCUUACACAGAAGCCAACAAAAGCAAAGGUAUAACCUGGGGUGAAGAUACAUUGAUGGUGUACUUGGAAAAUCCCAAGAAGUAUAUUCCAGGAACUAAGAUGAUCUUUGCUGGCAUUAAGAAGAAGGGAGAGAGGGAAGAUCUAAUAGCAUACCUUAAGGCCUCUACUAAGUAAUGGCUAUCUGCUGCCUUAUUUAUUUCACCAAACAAAAGGAAAUGACUCUCUGUGAUGAGAUUGGUUCUUAAACUUUCGAUUUUUACAUGCAUUGAAUCUAACACUUCAAAAAUCUUUCUCGUCAGCCAGAGAACAUUGAUCAUGAGUGGUUAUUAAAGAAUAUGUACAUGUCUUUGUUAUAAUUUAUAGAAUUGUGUAAUUAGGCUUGAAUGAGUACAGGCAUGAUGACUAUCAUGUUUCCUGAUCAUGUAAUUAAAAAAACUUUCAAUGUG